GCUAUCCAUAUCACGGUCACUCACCUCCUCAAUUAUGGAGUUGAUAGACCUCUUGCUUCUUGGUUUUUCCGCUGUCUUUCUUGCCCUGUGGUGGCGAUCCUCUGUCUCCUCCGGCAAAUCUAACAAACUCCCUCCAGGACCACCGGGAUGGCCGCUUGUUGGCAACUUGUUCCAGGUUAUCCUCCAGCGGCGUCACUUCAUUUUUCUCAUACGUGAUUUACGUGCAAAGUAUGGUCCAAUGUUCACUAUGCGAAUGGGUCAACGUACUUUGGUUAUAGUCACCAGUCCCGAGCUCAUACACGAAGCUUUAGUCCAGAGAGGCUCCGUCUUCGCUAACAGGCCACCAGACUCGCCAAUUCGGCUGGUGUUCAGUGUUGGGAAAUGUGCAGUCAAUUCAGCUGAAUAUGGGCCUCUCUGGCGAACUCUUCGCCGGAAUUUUGUUACAGAGCUGAUAAGCCCGGUGAGAAUCAAGCAGUGCAGUUGGAUACGAGAAUGGGCUAUGGAAAAUCACAUGAAGAAGCUUCAAAAUGAGGCCUUUGAAAAUGGUUAUGUAGAUGUGAUGGACAUCUGCAGGUUCACUGUUUGUAGCAUUCUUGUAUGCAUAUGCUUCGGUGCAAAAAUCCAAGAACAAUGGAUUAGUGAUAUUGACAGUAUCACAAAGGAGGUUAUGCUUAUAACCACACCACAACUCCCCGAUUUCUUCCCAAUUCUCACUUCAUUGUUUCGCAGGCAAAUGAAAAGAGCGAAAGAGCUAAGGAAGACACAAAUAGAUUGCUUGAUUCCUCUGAUAAGGAGUCGAAGAGCUUAUGUGGAGAAAGGUGAAAACACUGGCUCAAUGAUGGUGAGUCCAGUUGGUGCAGCCUAUGUGGACUCCCUUUUCGGGCUUGAGGCGCCGGGGCGUGGCCGUUUGGGGGAGGAAGAGCUCGUGACACUUUGCUCAGAGGUGUUUGUUGCUGGUAUUGACACUAGUACAAGUGUUCUUCAGUGGGCUUUUCUUGAAUUAGUUGUAAAUCAAGAAAUUCAAGAAAAGCUCUACAGGGAAAUCGUUGAUACCGUGGGCAAAAAUGGGCUAAUCACUGAAGACCACGUCGAGAAAAUGUCAUAUCUUAAUGCAGUGGUUAAGGAAACUUUACGUACACAUUCUCCAGCCCACUUCACGUUGUCACACGCAGCCAUUGAGGAGACUCAGCUUGGUGGGUACAAGAUUCCGACCAACGUGAAUGUGGAGUUUUACAUUGAGUGGAUGACAGAGGAUCCAACUUUAUGGAAAGAUCCAAGUGUGUUCCGACCGGAGAGAUUCAUGGAAGGAGACGGAGUUGGAGUGGAUCUUACCGGAACUAAGGGGACGGUGAAGAUGUUGCCGUUUGGGGCAGGGCGGAGAACUUGUCCGGGGCUGGCACUUGGCAUUUUACACGUAAACCUAAUGCUUGCCAGAAUGGUCCAAGCUUUCAAGUGGGUACCCACACCUCGUUUCCCACCUGACCCCACAGAGACUUUUGCCUUCACUGUGGUCAUGAAAAAUCCUCUCAAAGCAGUCAUAUUGCCUCGGUGAAAUAAAUAAAUCAACGGGUUAAUUAUGGGUGGUUUCCAUCUGUAUUUUCAUGCAGUGUGUUUUGUUUUUUUAAUGGAAGUUGAUGAAUUUUUUAUGCAAUAAACAGAUUGAUUAAUUAUUA